AUGCUUUGCAUGAAAUGGGGCAGCCGCGAAGACAAUGCGACAGCUACGAAGUCCGUGUUUUGUGUUUUUAAAGUCUCGAAGAAAAUCGACAUGGAUCCGCCGCUGCUCUUGGACAUAAUCGCCUCGAUGAUCACGAAAAUUGAGCAUACCAUGGACCCUUUGAUGCAGGAUACGACCAACUCGGUGGUCACGCGGGUUGAAAUGCAUGUCAAUGAGAGUAAGCUGAUGGACAACAUUCUUGAGCGCAAGAAGCAAUUUGGAGAUUCAGCAGCGAUUAAUUUGCGAGAACUGGCGUUGAAGAAAUAUUCACAAAAGUCUUUUCCAUCGCUUCAACGUGUUAAAAGGUUGCUAAAGAAGGAAAGAGCGUCGAAUUUGAAGGCUCUGAGCGUUACCACAGAUGAUUUCUUCAUUCAGCCGUCUCGGCUUCUUCAUUUUGUGUCAUUCGAAAAUCCGGCUCCGACGAAAACUCUUCCAGUGGCUGAAGAAAUUGCUGCCGUCAUUGAUGCCUUCAACAAUAAUGCAACGAGGUCGAAACAUCCGAAACCACAAGGUGCAGAUGCCGUGCCUCAAACACCGCCACGCCAUCAAACCUUACUUCGUUGGGAACCAAGAGAGUUGCUGAGAGAGAAAAAAGAUGUUGACGAUUCCAAUGGAUACAAGACGCCAAAGACUAAACGCGUUUCGUUUGCGGAACUCGGUCGUUAUGUCGAACUGGAGGAAAUGCCAAAUGUGGAAGUUGCUCUUUCAACGUUUGAACAUCUUUUUGGAGCAAAAUUUGGAACGCCUCCUAAAAUUCCGCCAAAGGUGAGCCCGCUUUCACCUGUCGUGAUGCCGAGAUCUAUGGACAAGCAGCUACCAUCCACUCUUACUACUUUCGCUUGUCAUCCUAAAUCAAACAAGCAAGAAGAAUUGGUGGAGUCGAUUUGUAAUUUGCUGCAAUUUGAUGGGCGGAUUCAAGAUGAAAAAUUGAGGCGAUACGAAGAGCAUAAUGAUGGCACAAUGUGUGCAAAGCUGCUUGCUAUUAAUCGUAAACCAGAACGCACUGAUGAGGAAGAAAGAAUGACAAAUCGGCGUCAAACUCCAAAAUAUCGUGAUUUAUCUUGGCCUGACGACUUCGAGGUACCGUCACGUAAAAGACACUGGGCUUUUUACUGGCCAACUUUCGACCCAGUUGAUGUUGUCAUCGAUGUUGUUACGAGGAAAGAUAAAAACAAUGAAAAAUGGUACAAUAUGUACAUUCAGAAUUUCCACAGCUCGGACGAACAUCUUGCAUACAAAAUUAGACGAAUGCGUUUGGCCGAACCAGCGUCAGCCGGCUCUUCCUUGAAAGAUGAAAUCAACAGUCGUCUCAGGGCCUACGAUAAUCACGAUGAAAAACCGCCAAAGACCAAUCACCGAUUCACAUAUCGAUUUGGAUACGCCCGCGAAUUCAUGUUUGAAAGCCUAGAAGAGCGAAGACUUUUCGAAGAAAUUAGAUUCACCCUUAAGUCAGGCAAAGACGCUCUAUAUGAAAUUGACGAUUACAGUACUGAUCGCUUCGACUUGGUUCCAAGUGCUUGGUUCGGGCCAACAUCAAACGUCACGCUCACGGAGAACAAUAAUAAGCAACAUUUUAAAGAGUGGGUUGACGAAUACAUUCAUUUCAAAGCAGUCGACACUUACAAAUCGUUGAACAAACGGACAAGAAGUGACGCUUUAUUGGAUGAAGCUCUUGAUGCCCGCAUUGGUUUAGCACUUCUUCCGACGUUUGAUCGCCUCAAAAGCAUUUCCGCACAAAGGAUCCUUUAUAAAUUACGCCUGGAAAAUCAAGAUCUUACAAGGACGGAGGCAUAUUACGAUCUCAAACUGAAAUCGGACCAAGUCAAGAGCGCGCAAAGAGUACAAGAAGUCGAGGAAAUGAUUGCAAAUCGGAAGCCUCAACGCCUGGAAGAUUUACGUCGAGAAUUCUCACUUGUCAGUUAUGAACAAAAAGAUUUUGUCAGCAUCUACAAUCAACUCACCGCCUCGUAUCGCGCUUUCGCGCCUAUGAGUUGGAUCAUGCACGAGAAUUGUGGAAAGCUAGAGCAAACCGUUAACGAUGCGUUUGAGAAGCGAAUGGGGAUUCCAAAACGACGAGCGACAUACUUUCAGGAGUUUAAGUCAUAUAUGGAACGCGAGUAUCGGCAAGCUCGUGCCGCAAGAAAG